GAGAAAUCUCAUUUUUGCAUUGCAGGAGGAAGCAGAAGUGGUGUGGAAUAAAGUCAAAUUCCUGUUGAAGCUUAAAAGGAAGAAAGAAACCCCAUUUUUUAUUUUCACCUAUACCAAAAUAAAAACACAUUCAUAACCAACCUUUCUUCAAUAGUUUCUAUCCAUCUUCGACAUUCCUUACCUUUCCUUUUCUUCCUCCAAGAUCACAGUUUUCUUUGACCCUUUUACUCAUUUUUAACGAUUCUCUUCUCCACCCACUUCCCCUUCAAGUCAAUUUCAUGAUUCUGGGUCUCAGAUCGUAGAUCUUGCUGUCGGAGGGUCGAUCGGAGAUGUCGCCGUCAAAUGGGUUGCAGAACGGCGGCGGCGGCGGCGGCGGUAAUGGGGUGAGUUAUAUCGAGCACCAGGUUUCAAAACUGGACACUCUUGCUGGUGUGGCAAUCAAGUAUGGCGUUGAGGUAGCGGACAUCAAAAGGAUGAAUGGGUUAGCCACAGAUCUUCAAAUGUUUGCACUGAAGACGUUGAGAAUUCCAUUACCAGGACGACAUCCACCAUCUCCCACUCCUGGUCCACUUGAUGAACCUGCCAAGUUGAGAGAUAAUAGUACUGAAAGGAGACCCCCACGCAUGGGUCAAUCUGCCAUGAAGGAGCCUCUCCAUUCCUUAAGAUUGAAACCGCCACAACAGAAUAUUUCUCCAGCUAUGAGCAUUUUACAGAAAUACUAUGGACUCAAAUCUUCGAGUUCAAGAGAUACAUUCGAAGGAACAGAAAUGGCAGUUUACACAUCUGUGAGUGCAGAUCAUUCUACAGGAGAGUGGCUUCCCAAGUCCUCAUCAAAUUUAGACCCCCCAUCAAAUGAUUACCCCAAGUCAACAAAUGUAGCAUUCGAUCUACUGACUGGAACUGAUGAAAUGCAUGAGUAUGUGCCGUUUGCAGAUAUUGGGGAUGGGGGAUCUGAGAAGUCCGAUGAGAAAUCUGUCCGCAGACGUCAGAAAGCUGAAGUUGAUAAUGGAGCCAGCACACCAGAAAAGAUUUUAAAAGAAGGAAAUGGUAGUGGAUCAAAUGGUUUUUCUUCAACUGGGAAAGCAUUAAACAUGAGGCCAAAAUCAGCUAGCCGAGCAGCACUGUUUUCGGAGUCAGAAUCAGGAUGGCUAGAUUCAAUUCCAGUGGGGUUGGGAGAAUCUAUAUUUACCGAUGGCCUUGCUGGAGUGCGCAAAUCGUCAAGUGCAUCAAGCCUCAGAGAACAGGAAAAGAAUAAUUCAGCUCCAGCCUGGCCACCUGCUAUAUGGAAUUUGAAACCAGACUUGCAAGCAGCCAUCACAAGACCUAUCUUUGAUGGUUUACCAAUCCCAAUAACUGGCCGCAGAAGCAAAGCUGCCCUUGAUUAGUGCAUAUUGAUUCUAUUUUGUGCAAAUUAUUCUUUUGACAUUACACACAUAAAUUGCAACAAGAUGCAACUAUCUUGGGUUAGUAAACCUGAGCCAAGAAGGGGGAAAAAAGAAAAAGAAAAAAAAAAUACAGAGUUAGGAUAUUUAUUCCAGGCAUAGAGUAGCCAAGGGGUUGAUGAUUUUCCAAGAAGAAAUGCUGCAGCAGUAGCAACUGAGGAAAUGGUGCAUGAAAAUGGUGGAUUGUACCAAUAAUGGUCACCCCACCUGGAUUAUAAGAGUUAUUUACAGAUUGAUAAUUUCCUUUAUAAAAUGUUUGAGUCCAGUAAGUGAAAGUCAUUUUGUUCAGUGGUUAACUGUAUCAUGUCUUUAUCAUUAAGUACAUUGUGUAAGUAUUUAUAAUUUUUUUUUCUCGAGACCCAUUAUACUGCAAUAUUCGGUUAAUUUAUGUAAACCGUGUUACACGGACACUACUAUUAUUCAAUUGGAUUAGUUCUUCUGCCCUGUGUAUUC